AUGACCGUUCUCUCUUCGGUUUAGUGUUUUGACAUAAUGAAGUUGGUGCAAUUUCAUAAUUCAAAUGAUGUAGUUCUAUUCAUUAUUUCUAUAAGUAAUAUUGCGCAGAAAUCUUUACUUAGACACUUUUAAAAAUAAAAUUUGUUACGCUGAGUUGCUGACUACAAAACACAGAUUUUAUAAUUGUCGAGUUCAAAUUGUAUCUACAAUCAGUAGUAAACAAUGAUAUAAUAAGCACGUCAUCUCUAUGGGUCAGAUUUACAGGUUUUGAGUUCAAAUCCUACCCACACAAAAAUAUAUUAUCACCUUUUUAAGACUCAAAAUGGCAGGAAAACUUAAAGAAUUGAUUAUUGAUGAAAUUGCGUGGAAAUCUAUAAAAAAUGACGGUCUCGAUAUCGAAUAUUCUACCCCUAUUCCUAGAGCACUUGCAUCUGCAAUUAUAAAGGAACUUGAUGAAACGCUGGAAUAUUUUACAGGAGAUUUAGCCAAAAUUAGGGUAUUCGGAAAAAUAUAUCCUCUACCUCGACAGCAAGUGGCUUACGGAGAUCCAGGAAUCACUUACACGUAUUCGAAUCUCACUGUUCCUGCUUUACCAUGGCCGGAUCCAGUUCUAGCAUUGCGAAAUUUCAUUUUCAGACUCAAGGGCAUCAAAUACAACUUCGUUUUGGUCAAUAAGUAUAGAAAUGGAAAUGAUCACAUGGGCGAACAUAGAGACAAUGAACCUGAAUUGGACCAUAACGUUCCCAUUGCGUCUCUAUCUUUCGGUGAAGAGAGAACGUUUGUCCUAAAGCACAGGGAUGCAAGAAAAUCUGGACCAAAUAAAAAGCCAAUACCUCCAGUUUCUAUUGCACUGGAGCACGGAAGUGUAUUACUUAUGAACCCACCUACAAAUGAAUUUUGGUACCACAGUUUGCCAAAGAGGAAAAAAAUACGGGGGCCAAGGAUUAAUUUAACAUUUCGAAAAAUACGUUAGAAUGUCGGUGAAAAUGUAACUAAUUUACUUCGGUUUUUUAUCUGUUUUGUUUAAGUUUGACAAUGACAGUAAUAACAAAAAUCGUGAUAACUCAAAACACUUCAAUUUUGCAAUAAAAAUAUUUGCAUGAUUUGUAUUGUGAUUCGUGUGAAAAUAAAAGUUAAUUCUGUAAAUUUA